CCAAAGCAGUACGUGUUUGAGUACUUCUCCGAACUCAUGGCCCUAAUGCCCGCCAGCGAAAUCCAGCUCACCCUCCUCCCCAGCCUGGUCAAUCUUUGGCAAGGCAAAAACUGGCGUGUGCGCCUCGGUGUGGUCCAAUCGGUGCCCUGUCUCUUUAGCAAACUGGUAAGCCACCCCAGCCGUCCCUCGAGCUCCUGUUUUCUCUGUCUCAAGCAGAGCUUUGCCUUCGUUCUGCUGCACCUGGCAUGCGUUGCUGCGAGCAAAAGAUAA